AUGGCAGCAAGUGUGUUUUUCCUGAAAAGAGCGCUUUGUGUAGAGGCCGCCUCCAGGCCAGGUCUUAUCUGGUUCAGCGGGGAGGAUGUGAAUUCUUUCCAGGAGACUCAGUCUGAUUUGGAGGUGAUCUUAGAGUUCUUAGAGGAGUACUACAGACAAAACACUGGAGAAAAUGUGGACAAAGUGUCCUUCACUGCAGGUAUGGAUGAAAGAAGUGCACCUAUGGAUGAAGCAUCAUGUGAGCAGCGCUGGACAUGCUAUGAGCCACCUAACAUCAAGCCUGCACCUCAGCCCUUCCUGGCCCCACCAGCUCUCUGCCAAAACACCACAGCAACAUUAUCCGAGCAUGGGUCGCUGCCAAACUUUGUAUCAACAAGACAAUCAACCAAACACCAGGCCACAGCAACGGGGAGUGGCAGAAAGGUGCGACUCUUUCACUUUCUCUUUGAGAUGCUGGAGGAUCCGAACAUGGCCCACUGUGUGUCCUGGGUGCCAGCAGGCGCCGGGGUUUUCCGUUUUUCCUCCAGGAACAAGGACCAGGUGGCAGCACUCUGGGGGCAGAGAAAAGGCAACAAGAGACCCAUGACUUACCAGAAGAUGUCCCGAGCCCUCAGGAACUACGCCAGGUCCGGAGAGAUCUUCAAGGUGAAGAAGAAGCUCACCUACCAGUUCAGCAGAGACACACUGAUGUUACUGCAGAAGUGCCAUCGAGGAGAUUUGUGAAUUUUGCAUAGUUCAUACCAUCUCAUAUGCUCUUUUUUUUAAACCUGUUUUUAAAUCUAAGAAGCCCAGUUUUAUUUUCCAACAUUUUCCCUUGAUCAGUGUGACAUCUUACUUUGUCUUUGUGACAGCAUCUGGUGUAAAUAAUACACAAGAAAAGAUAUUUUACUGUUACUGUUUAAAUCACUGUUAUUAAAGUCAGUGAAUUUGAGAGUUUGUGAACAUAAUAAUAAAACCCU